AUGUCUGCCUCAAAGGAUAUCGCGACGGCAGAUGCAUCUGCACCGCUGGCACUAGAUGCGGCACAGGUGCUGACGGCGUCCAAAGCUCUGCUGAGCCACAUCAAGGAAUCUGCCAAGGCUCAGAAGGAGAAGUCGGGCAAGAAGAACCUGCUGGACGAGAGCGAUGGAGAGGGAGAGCAGGGAAUGGCCGGCAGCACGGCGGAGACGCCGAUCUGGCUGACGCUCACAACCAAGCAGCACGUCAACGACUCACGGCGGCUGCAGCCCAGCAAGUUGGUUGUGCCGUACCCUCUGAACACCGAUGAGGAGUCGACGAUCUGCAUUAUCACGGCGGACCCGCAGCGGGCGUACAAGAACAUUGUCGCAUCGGACGAGUUCCCGGCCGAGUUGCGCAAGCGAAUUAGCCGCGUGAUUGACCUGUCGCACCUGCAGAAGAAGUUCAAGGCCUACGAGGCGCAGAGGAAGCUCUUUGCGGAGCACGACGUAUUUGUGGCCGACGAGCGCAUCGUCAACCGGCUGCCCAGCGUCCUAGGUAAGACGUUCUAUAAGAGCACGGCGAAGCGACCGAUCCCGGUAGUGCUGCAAAAGGCGCGGGCCAAAGGUGCCGACGGCAAGCGGGCCAAGGCACCCAAGAAGAAGGCGUCCGGCGGCAAGACGGCGGCGGGCACGGACGAGAGAGCCGUGGCAGUGGAGGAGGCGACGUCGACGGCACGCUCGGCCGCGCAGAUCGCCACGGAGAUCCAGCGGGCUAUCGGUUCCGUCCUCAUCAGCCUGUCGCCGUCGACCAACACGGCGGUGCGGGUGGGCAGCGCGGGCUGGCCGGCAGCUCACCUGGCAGCCAACGUGGAGGCAGUCGUGGAGGCGCUGGUGAGCAAGCACGUGCCCAAGGGAUGGAGCAACAUCAAGGCGCUCUUCAUCAAGGGACGGGUCGGAGGAGGCCAAGGCGAUCGAGGCCAAGAAGACAACCAAAGAAAGGCGGCCGCGGCCGCCAGCCGGGAGAAGGCCAACGUGGGCAAGAAGCGGAAGGCAGUGACCGACGACGACAAGGACGACGAAAAGAAGCACGAGGCCGGCACCUUUGGCGCUGGCGUCGCCGAGGAGCAGGACAAGGCCGAGGCUGAGGACGUCCAGACGAAGAAGAAGGGCAAGAAGGCCGUCAAGGGUGCUGCCGCCAAGGAGGACCGACCGGCCAAGAAGGCCAAGCUCCCUGAGAGCAACGACAGCGGCCUAGACAAGGUUAUUGCAGAGCACAAGGCAAAAUUGAAGAAGCAGAAGAGCGCGGCAAAGAAGGCGCUGGACAUCUGA